UCAACGGGCGGAGGCGCGUUUGCGCCGUUGGGGAACCGUUUCGAAUCCGGCCUCCAGCGCGUACGGUAAAACCGUUGGUGUCGGUGCGGUUUUCUCCGCCGCGGAACAGGGAGGAUAGUUAGCGCUCUCGCUUUUCCGGGAGGGUUGGGAGGGCUCCGUGCACUGAAUUUAGGAAAGGAUCUGAGGAAGGCUGUAGGCUGUCGAAGCCCCGCCUGCUCACCCGUCCAGAGGCGGCGUUUCCCCAGCUCUCGCCGGUCUUUCUCCACAGCCUCAUGGAUCCCGAGAGGGAGAGGAGCGGGGGGCACCCCAAGAAGGGCAGGAAGAGAAGGAGGGCCCCGAACAUGCUGGUCGGGGCGGCUGAGGCGAUGAGAGCCCGUCGGGAUCUGGAGGAGAGGCAGCCCGAGGCCAAGAAAGCCCGCUUAUCUACCAUUUUAUUUGCUGAAAACUGUGAAGUAACCCACGACCAGUUAUGUGAAUUGCUGAAGUAUGCAGUUCUGGGCAAAUCCAGUGUUCCUAAACCCAGCUGGUGCCAGCUUUUUCACCAAAACCACCUGAACAGCGUGGUGGUUUUUGUACUGCAGGGAAUGAGCCAGCUACACUUUUACAGGUUCUACUUGGAGUUUGGAUUUCUCCGAAAGGCAUUCAGACAUAAAUUCCGCUUGCCACCACCAUCAUCUAAUUUUCUAGCUGAUAUCAUUGGCCUGCAAAAGAAGCAAACAACAGGAGAUCUAUCCAAGAUGGUGGAAGGGUCUUUACCUUCUGCCAGUUCAAAAGUCAGCGUCAACCUGCAGAAUGACCCUGUUAUUCAAAAGUAUGGCUCUAAGAAAGUGGGCUUAACCAGAUGCCUUCUCACAAAGGAGGAAAUGAAAACAUUUCACUUUCCAUUACAAGGUUUUCCUGACUGUGAAAACUUUGUACCUACCAAAUGUAAUGGUUCUGUGACAGACAGCAGUCCUCUCUUUGGACUUGACUGUGAAAUGUGCCUCACAUCCAAGGGGAGAGAGCUAACCCGCAUCUCACUGGUUGCUGAAGGAGGCUGCUGUGUAAUGGAUGAACUUGUUAAACCUGACAACAAGAUUCUGGACUACCUUACCAGCUUUUCGGGAAUCACAAAGAAGAUUCUUAAUCCAGUGACAACCAAACUCAAAGAUGUACAGAGACAUUUAAAAGCACUGCUUCCUCCUGAUGCUGUGUUAGUGGGCCAUUCCUUGGACUUGGAUCUCAGAGCACUGAAAAUGAUACAUCCAUAUGUUAUUGAUACAUCAUUGCUUUAUGUCAGAGAGCAGGGCAGAAGAUUUAAGCUAAAGUUCUUAGCCAAAGCUGUUUUGGGGAAGGAUAUACAGUGUCCAGAUAGGCUUGGUCAUGAUGCCACAGAAGAUGCUAGAACAACCCUUGAAUUGGCCCGGUAUUUCCUUAAGUAUGGCCCAAGGAAGAUUGCAGAACUAAAUCUGGAGGCACUAGCUAGUCACCAAGAAUUGCUAGCAACAGGCCAAGAGCUGAGAAAUACAGCAGAAAUAGUUUAUCAGCCAAAAACAAGUGUUUUGGAAUGCUUGGACUUAAUGGGUCAGAAGCUCCUUUUCUUGACCCGGGAAGCAGAAACUAGUGAACUUUGUUCUGCCAGAAACUGCCAGACUAUUAAGUGCCUUUCAAAUAAAGAGGUUCUUGAGCAGGCCAGAGUGGAAAUUCCCCUAUUUCCCUUCAGCAUCGUCCAGUUCUCUUUUGAACCCUUUUCACCCAACCUCACUGAGGAAAUGAACAAGAGGAUGAGGCUCAAGUGGACAGAGAUGUCGACUGUUUAUGCUGGGCCAUUUAGCAAAAAUUGCAACCUCAGGGCUCUGAAAAGGCUGUUUAAGAGCUUUGGCCCAGUCCGGUCCAUGACUCUUGUUCUUGAAACCCAUCAGGUGCAGAGGCCUGUGACAGAGCUCACCCUUGAUUCUAACACUCUUGUGAAUGAGCUAGAACAAGAUUCUGAGAACCGAGGUACAAUAUACCUGUCUGGAGUGAGCGAAACCUUCAAAGAACACUUACUGCAACAGUCCAACCUCUUCCUUGGCUUGGAAGCGGUCAUCCUGCCUAAAGAUCUUAAAAGUGGAAAGCAAAAAAGAUACUGUUUCCUGAAAUUCAAAACUUUUGGCAGUGCCCAGAGGGCCCUCAACAUUCUCAAAGGCAAGGACUGGAAGCUGAAAGGCCGGCAUGCCCUAACCCCCAGGCAUCUCCAUGCUUGGCUCAGGGGCUUGCCUCCUGAAUCAAGAAGGCCCCCAGGGGUUCGUGUCAUACCUCCCCCCUCUGAGCAGCAGGCCUUACAGGCUCUGAAGAUGGACCACCCAAAGAUAGCAGCCUGGCGCUGGGGCCGGAAGAUAGGAAAGCUCUACCACAGCCUGGGCCCAGGCACACUCUGCCUCAUCUUGCUGCCAGGAACCAAGAGCACUCAUGGAUCAUUCUCUGGCCUAGGACUGAUGGGAAUAAAAGAUGAAGAAGAAAGCACCACGCCAAACAUGUGUGCGUGAGUCUGCCCAUCAUUUUCCAUGUGCCAUUAGCCCUCACGGGCAGUGGCAGAGAAUGUGGUCAGGCUGCAGCCUCUCUAUCCAGCACACAGCUUUUGUGGAAAAUGGCGUACCACUUAAGAAGUUCGGUCCAUUUAUAUGGCAUGUUCACAUUUUCAAUAAAUGCCUAAAAUUUGAGCAUUCUCCUCUUAAGACAGGGUGAGAAGGAAACCAGUUUGUAUUUUCUUUGUGUCAGUGGACUUACACAUCUGUAGUAUGUGCUCAUUCCAUGGUAACACUCCUAUUAAAUGGUAUAUGUAGGUAAGGAAACUAAGA